AAGUGUAACCUACUGAUAAAAAUGGGCGAGAAUUUGGAAGUGGAGUCGGUUUAUUUAUAUCCAUUGGAGAAUUCCAAACGGCAUAAAACGGAAAAAUAUGAAGUGAUUCACGACGAAAAUCCCAUUCCAAUUUUAAGAAGGGGUGAAAGAUUCACUUUAGCCAUUCGAUUUAUGAACAGGCCUUUUCGCAAGGAUCUCGACUUGGUAAAACUUAUUUUCAACUAUGGUCCAAAUCCUAAUCCUAUCAAGGGUACAAAAAAAGUAUUAAAACUAGAUCCCGGCAAAACUAGGGUGUCUGAAGAUAACAAAAACUGGUCGUUCGCCCUUUUGGUUGAUGAUGGUGAAACCAUAACUGUCGAGGUAUAUUCCCCUCCAACAAUUCCGGUUGGUCUGUGGGGUCUGCAAGUCGAAACAAGUGUUCCAAAUAAAGAACCAUCUUCGUUCACUUAUGAAAACGACCUGUAUUUUCUAUUCAAUCCAUGGAAGUGCCAUGAUUUAACCUACAUGCCCGAGGAGAGACUUUUAGAAGAAUACGUCCUGACAGACGUAGGCAAAAUAUGGGUUGGACCCCUAGGCACCAGUAAAGGACGUGAAUGGGUCUUUGGACAAUUCGAUGCGUGUGUGCUUCCGGCGGUGAUGGUGAUGUUUGAAAAAUCAGGAUUGCCCCAUGAAAGUCGCGGCGAUCCGAUAAAACUGACGAGAAUGAUUUCAAAAAUGGUAAACAGCAACGAUGAUGAUGGGAUUUUGGUGGGUCGCUGGGAUGGGGAGUACGAUGAUGGGACUGCACCAUCUGCUUGGACUGGGUCUGUGCCAAUUCUACAGGAGUAUCUCGAUACGGAAGCACCCGUAAGUUAUGGUCAAUGCUGGGUGUUCUCUGGGGUUGUCACAACAAUUUGUAGAGCUAUCGGAAUCCCAUCUAGAGUGGUUUCAAAUCUGGUAUCUGCCCACGAUACCAAUGCCACUCUAACGGUUGACAAAUACUUUGACGCCAACAAUGAAGAAUUAAAAGAAUUCAACGAAGAUUCAAUUUGGAAUUAUCACGUAUGGAAUGAUGUGUAUAUGGCAAGACCUGAUCUUCCACCAGGUUACGGAGGAUGGCAAGCUAUCGACGCUACCCCACAAGAAAUGUCUUCCGGUUUCUACCAAUGCGGACCAGCAUCUCUGGAAGCCAUUAAAAAAGGACAAGUAGGAUUAAAUUAUGAUGUACCAUUUAUGGUUGCAUCAGUCAAUGCCGAUCUUAUGAGAUGGAAGGAAGACAAAACUUGUGAGUUGGGAUAUGCGAAAAUAUACUGUAACAAAUACCAUAUUGGCCGAUACGUCUUGACCAAGAAGCCUUUCUUCUUCGAUCCAAAUACCGACAAGGAUCGUCAAGAUAUCACAUGCGAAUAUAAGAUGAAGGAAGGAACCGAAGAUGAAAGAUUGUCGCUUUUGAAUGCAGUUCGAGGCACAGAGACAGCCAAAAGAUUAUACGAAUUGCCAGAUCCGGGAUUAGAAGAUGUGAGCUUUGAUCUAGUUGAACUGGAGAAAAUCAAUAUUGGGGAGAAUUUCUGCUUAGUUGUCAACAUCAAAAACAAGAGCGAUAAAGAGAGACACAUUAAGGUGUCCUUAUCUGCUGGAAGUGUCUAUUAUACAGGAGUCAAAGCCAACCUUAUUAAGAAAAUUCAUGGUGAAUUCGUAAUGAAACCCCAUUCCACUGAAAAAUUAAGGAUGACCGUCAAGGCAGAUGAAUACCUGGAAAAACUGGUGGAAUACUGUAACAUGAAACUUUACGCCAUCGCAACAGUAACAGAAACAAGACAAACUUGGGCAGACGAAGAUGAUUUCCAAGUCAUCAAACCUUCAAUCAAAAUUGACGUUCCUGCUGAAAUACCGAACAAACGAAACACUUUGAUAAACCUUUCCUUCGUGAAUCCGUUAAAGAAGACAUUGACCAAAUGCAAAUUCAAUGUAUCUGGACCGUCUCUUGUAAGGAACCAGCUGAUACAUUAUCCUGAUGUUGCACCGGGAGCUACGGUAAACGUUGGUGUUAAUAUUACUCCAAGACUUGAAGGUGACCAAAAAAUUGUCGCAACAUUUUCUUCUAAAGAGUUGCUUGACAUUACUGGUUCAGCUCAAGUAGAAGUUGUCUAAAAACAACAAAAAUAUUUGACCUUUUAUAUUUUUAUGUUAGAAGUAAGUUGAAUAAUCAUAUUAAUAAUUUUUAAUUAUAAAUGUUUUGAAAAUAAGAAAAGCUUUGAUUUUUAUUACUUUUAUAGUUUCUAUAAAUGUUAAAAAUGUAAUUGAAUUUGAUUGUAGUUAUUUUUUU